AUGACAGGAAAGAGCAUUAGGAUUAUAGUCAAUCCUCGAACGCAGUACAGACAAAAAGACACUGACACUAAUAUUAACAGGUAUUGGUUGAAAUAAUGUUAUGUUAGAAUAUGGGAUAACACUCAUCCCUUAACUAGUUUUUGGAUUAAAUUACACUUCUCAUAUUAUACAUUAGAUAGUAUCAAAUCAAUUCUGAUCUUGGGAUCACGCCGCUUCUGAUUAGUCCUCACGCCGCUUCUGAUUAGUCCUCACAAUUUGUGUUGACAUACACCCACCAAAAUAAAACUACAAUUUUUGUAUAGUAGCUCAGAGAUAAUAAAAGUUGGUUUAAGAAAGAAGAGCGAAACAGGCAGAAACAGAGUGAGAGCAGAGAGAGUGGGGUUACCUAUUAUAACAGAAUGGCCCUGAACGAUUUUUUCGCUGGGGAGAUCGCGACGGAGCUUCUGAAAAUGCUGAUAAACAUCUCCCGGAAGUCCCUACUCUGCCGCGGCAGCGCCGACCAGCUCAUCAGCUACAUCCAGGACCUCCUCCCCACCAUCGAGGAAAUCAAGUACUCCGGCGUCGAGCUUCCUGCGCAGCGCCAGUCGCAACUCGACCGUCUCUCGGAGAUUCUCCGCUCCGGCGUCGAGCUCUCCCACAAGGUCCUCGCCUCCAGCCGCUGGAACGUCUACCGCAACCUCCACCUCGCAAAAAAAAUGGACAAGCUCGAGAAGAACGUGUCCAAGUUCUUGGUGGGUCCCAUGCAGGCGCAUAUCAUGGCGGACAUACAUCACACGCGGUUCCAGAUGGAGGAGCGGUUCGACCGGGUUGAUAAUUCGGUUCGCCGGUUGGAGAAGUACUUCGGGAAUAUGAAGAUUGGUGUUGGCGGCGGAGGGUGGGUGGAGGAGGCUGUGAGGAGCGUGGACGAGGAUGUUGUUGAUAGUAGCUCUGCUGUCGGGUUGGGUUUCGGGAAGAAUAAGGUUAGGGAGAUGGUUAUCGGAAGGGAGGAUCUUUGGGUUGUCGGGAUUUCCGGGAUUGGUGGCUCCGGGAAAACCACUCUUGCUCGAGAGCUCUGCAAAGAUAAUCAAGUUAGAUGUUAUUUUAAGGACAGGAUUUUGUUCCUGACUGUGUCGCAGUCACCAAAUGUGGAGAAGCUAAGGACGAAGAUUUGGGGGUAUAUUAUGGGCAAUGAGAGGUUGGAUGCGAAUUAUGUGGUUCCCCAAUGGCAAUGGAUGCCACAGUUUGAGUGCAGAAGCGAAGCUCGAACUCUGAUUGUUUUGGAUGAUGUGUGGACACUCUCCGUGGUGGAUCAGCUUGUGUGUAGAAUACCAGGUUGCAAGUUUCUUGUGGUGUCAAGGUCUAAAUUCCAAACGGUGUUGAGUUAUGAAGUGGAAUUGCUGAGUGAAGAGGAUGCCUUGUCUUUGUUCUGUCACCAUGCUUUUGGACAGAGAUCAAUUCCUUUAGCUGCUAAUGAGAAUUUAGUCAAACAGGUUGUGACUGAGUGUGGAAGGCUUCCCUUGGCUCUUAAGGUGAUCGGAGCUUCUUUGCGAGAUCAAACUGAGAUGUUUUGGAUGAGUGUUAAAAACAGGCUAUCUCAAGGCCAAAGCAUUGGGGAAUCCCAUGAAAUCAAUCUGAUUGAAAGAAUGGCAAUUAGUAUCAAUUACCUUCCAGAGAAGAUCAAGGAGUGCUUCUUGGACCUGUGUUGUUUUCCUGAGGAUAAGAAAAUCCCUCUGGAUGUUCUCAUCAAUAUGUGGGUGGAAAUCCACGAUAUUCCUGAAACAGAAGCUUAUGUCAUUGUGGUUGAGCUCUCCAACAAAAAUCUUCUCACCUUAAUGAAAGAGGCUCGUGCUGGAGGCCUGUAUAGCAGUUGCUUUGAAAUCUCAGUUACUCAACAUGAUGUACUGAGAGACCUAGCCAUUAAUUUGAGCAACCGUGAGAGCAUUCAUGAACGCCAGCGAUUAGUUAUGCCCAAACGAGAAAAUGGAAUGCCUAAAGAGUGGUUGAGAUACAAGCACAAGCCAUUUGAGGCUCAGAUUGUUUCAAUUCACACAGGUGAAAUGAAGGAAGUGGACUGGUGUAAUCUGGAAUUUCCAAAGGCUGAAGUGCUGAUCUUAAAUUUCACAUCCACUGAAUACUUCUUGCCUCCUUUCAUCAAUAGAAUGCCAAAUUUGAGGGCAUUGAUAAUUAUUAACUACAGUGCAACAUAUGCUUGCCUUCUCAAUGUUUCAGUUUUCAAGAACUUGUCCAACUUGAGGAGCCUGUGGCUUGAAAAAGUUUCCACCCCCGAGUUAUCAAGCAUUGUCUUGGAAAACUUAGGAAAAUUAUUUAUUGUUCUGUGCAAGGUUAAUAACAGUUUGGUGGAAAAAGAAGUAGACUUGGCUCAAGUCUUCCCUAAUCUUUUAGAGCUCACUCUUGAUCACUGUGAUGAUUUGAUCCAACUGCCCUCAAGCAUUUGUGGAAUGAAGUCACUCCAAAACUUGAGUCUCACCAACUGCCACAAUUUGACUCAAUUGCCUGUUGAAUUAGGCAAACUAAGAUCUCUAGAGAUCCUACGAUUAUAUGCUUGUCCUGAUCUGAAAACACUUCCUAAUAGCAUUAGUCACAUGAUAAGGUUGAAGUAUAUGGACAUUUCUCAAUGUGUUAACUUGACUUGCUUCCCUGAAGAGAUUGGUAGUCUAGUAAGCUUGGAGAAGAUUGACAUGAGGGAAUGCUCCAUGAUUAGAAAUGUGCCAAAGUCUGCAUUGUCGUUGCAAUCUCUGAGGCUUGUGAUUUGUGACGAGGAGGUAUCUGGGAUUUGGAAAGAGGUUGAGAAGGCCAAGCCUAAUAAUUUUCAUAUUCAAGUUUCAGAGCAGUACUUUGAUUUGGACUGGCUCAAAGAGUGACAUAAUAUAUCAUAUAUGUGUAUAUAUAUGUUUUUGUGAUGUUUUUACUUUCCAAUUCAAUGUGAAUACUUGUAGAUAACUUCUAUUUGAAGUGGAAAUUACUUUUCUCCAAAAUCAAA